AUGAGAAUAAACGAGCAAAAAAGAUUUUUUGAACACACACAUACAAUACGAUACUCGAUACAAUCGAUUGUUAGUGGCUACUUCCUUUAUUCACUGUAUUUCAUCAGGCAUUUUCGUUUUGAAGUUUUCCAAAUUUUUUUGAUCAAAAAAACAAUGAAUGAGAUGUGGAUUAUCGGUAUUUUCUUAUCAAUUUUUUUGGUUUUAUUCAUUUUUCUUGUUUUCAUCACACGAAAAGCUUUCGAAUUUAUGCGAUCAACAGAUCAAAGAUUAAUCAUUUUGGAAGCGCUUAUGGACAAAAUUUUGUCAAUCACUAAUGAUUUGAAAGCAAUGACAAAUACUAAUGAUGAUGCAUUAGUGGAACAAAAUUCCAUUCAACGUGAACGACAGACCAAACAUCGACUUGAAACAUUCGGUUCAAUUGGCUCUAAAAAUCGUUACAGCUAUCGACGUUUGUGGCAUCCACUUUUACGUAUGCCAUCAACAUCUUCUUCCAAAUGUUUGAAUCUUCAUGAUAAUAGCAAAAUUCAUGACAAAAAUAAUGUAAGCGCUACUAGUUUCAAACCAUUGGAUACAGAGAAUUUUCCAUUUGUUAGUCAUGAAGAUUCUUGCAUCAUCAAUGUGAUUUCUGAAAAUUCCGAUCCAAAAAUGUAUGGAUCUUCAGCUGCUAAUAGCAAUUCAGCAACAUUAGAUCGAUCAUCAAGGGCAAAAAGAGCUCAUCCAUCUACUAAUGCUAAAAAUUCACCACAUAUCAUCUAUAUUGAUGAAAUGAAAGAAAUAUCCAAUCAAUUGAAUCAUACAAAUCAUCGGGAAUCAAUUGAAGAUUCGAAUUUUAAAUUGGUCGACAAAGUACGUGAAGAAUUUGACAAAUCAUAUAAUCGUAUGAUGGAAACUUUGAAUCAAGAGGAUACCAUCGACUAUGAUAAUCAUGAAUCAGAGUUAUAAUUUCGAUUUUCGUUCAAUUUUCCACUUCUUUCAUUUUUAACUUUUACAUUUCGUAUCAUUGAUAUAUUUGGGUGGUGGACUUUUUCUCAAUUUCCCUAAUACAUGGGUUUUCCUUUUUUCAUUUUUGUCCAAUCAUCUAUACACAAUUGUUUUUUAUCAAGACUUACAAU